AUGUCUACCUCCAAGUUUGGGUACAGCUUUGAGCCACACUUCCACCCAGAUAGGCCAAUUAUCAUCGACCCCGACGUCGAGUCUCCAGAGACAGUGGCCUUGAGAUACGAGGAAGAAGCCGCGAGAGCCAGUGGUGGAGGCCAGCGUGGGGAUUCCCCUGGUCUCCUCAACUCAUCUACGUAUUCCAAGUCGCAGCCUCCCCAAAUGCAUGGAUUUGAGUCGUCAAGGGCGUACCAGGACUCAACAUAUCACUAUCCAGCUCAGUCGUUUCCAUCGCACCAAAAUGCCAAUGUGGCUGCUCAACUCAAUCAAAUGGCCUUUGCUGCCAAUAGCUCAGCAGCUCCGUAUGUCGCCCCGGUUUUGCCGACAUUGCUCUCUGCUUGUGAGCCCAGCUCUGGUAUGAGCGGUACCAAGGUGAUGGUGAAGGUCUCUGUCCCGUAUGACUUGCUCGCAGGGAGCCACAACUUUUAUCUCGUCUUUGGUCAGCAGAAGUGCGAGGCGCACGCUGUGAGAGAUCACCAGGAUGCAAGCGGAUGUGGAUACGUAGUCAGCGGCGUUGCACCACAUUUCAACGACACGAGGAGCGCGGCAAUCAACGUGCCUUUAUCAUUGUUGAUUGAAACAAGUGAUGCCCAAGCCCCUGCUACUCUCGAGGUCGGCACGUUUACUUAUCAUGACAGCCAGAUGGGGCCAGCUGAUCCAAUGGGAGACGCUAUCACGCGCUCCUCCAAGGUACCUCCAUCACCUGAACACCGCGAGGAUACCCCAAAGCAAGCACAUCACCGUUUGCAAGAGCCAUCUACAAAUACAUAUGGCUAUCCUCCCGAGGCUCAACAAGCUGCCGAGUCCACCUACGACCCUAGCUAUGCGAGUACAACAAGCAAUAACAACAACAUGAUGGCGGCUUACCACCGCUCUUCGUAUGCUGACGAUUAUUCUCGUCACAUACCACCUCCAAUUAAGACGUCUUCGCUAUGGGGUGGCUACGGAUCUUCACUCAACUCGAUUAGGAGCCCAGGAAUGGCAACGAAUCACACGACAAUGACCAGGCCAAGCAUCGCAUCACUCCCAGCACCGGCUUCUGCCAACCCUCAGCUUGUACGGACCAGCACUCUGCAGACGUCCGGGUCUCCUAGCUCUGGAUUUCACCCAUAUGCCGUAUUCCAGCAGUCAAAAGCCAAGCUCAACAUUGCUGGAGAUCUUGAGAGCAUGACCGAGGGUUGGACUGCAGAGGAAUUCGAGAAUCGCCGGCGCAUUGUACUAUUCAGAAAGCAUCAACAAGGUGCAAUUCUGACAGCCAGCUUCAAGGCAGUCAGCGUAAACGAGAGACCACCCAACAGUAUUUGCAUCAGCUGCAUUUAUUGGGCUGAGAAGGGCGAUUGGUACGUCACAAGCGUUGACACAAUACACCUACUCGAACAGCUAGUCGCCGCUCCAUCGAGGUUCACUGUGGAGGAGAAGAACCGCAUUCGUCGCAAUCUGGAAGGGUUCCGUCCGGCGACAGUCAGUAAGGCUAAACCAGAGAGCGAGGAGUUCUUCAAGAUUAUCAUGGCUUUCCCGAACCCGAAGCCUCGCAAUAUUGAAAAGGAUGUCAAGGUCUUCCCCUGGAAGAUAUUGGCACAGGCCCUCAAGAAGAUUAUAUCAAAAUACUCAGCCUCACCCUCUUCUCAGGUUGGGCCGGGUACUGGUCAUAUGCUGCUCACCCCCGUGAGCAACCCGAGCCCAAGCCUUUACCAUCACCCGCACCAUCCUCCUACGCCUAGCGAAAGCUCAUACGGUCAUCACGAUCAUCAUGGUAUAACAUCACCUCGAUCUCUGUCGGGCAGCUCUGCUUCAUGGAACACAUACUCUGCGCGACCGCUGUCUCCAACCCUGAAGCCACACUCACCAACCUCGGGCGGGAUCCGCAUCCCAAGCCUAUCAUCGUACGGUGCUAGUGAUGGAAGACACACGGCUUCAUCAGGUUACGGGCUCGCGUCGCAACCGCAGACACGCUGGGACACAACAAGUACAAACGGCUACAUUGACGCAGGAGGGAUCCCAGCCUACGCGGGUCACCACCAGAGUCAUGUGUAUAAUACUGCGGCAUAUGGAGGUGGUGGCCAGCGGGCAUGA